CUUGAACUGAACACUCACAAUGCAACGUCGCCGUCCGCUUCCCGAUACUCAUCCCGAAUUCUCAAUAUACAAGUCCAAGGGAUUUCAUGAGUAUCGGAUAGAAAAUAUACGAAAAUGCGCGCGUGUCAAGAAUGAUGGCUAUAGGUGGCCAUGGCGGGAAGCAGUGGAAAUAGGUCUAUUGUCAAUGCUCUGGCGAGUCGCACUGAAUUCGAGCUGGAGUUACUUUGUGUUUACUAUCCCUACCAUUCUUUUGCUACGGCACAAGUGCUCACAAGUCGUCUCCGAAUCCAUCAUUGUCAUUCCUCCACAUGGUGUACAACUCGAAACGCGGUUCGGAUUCGAGACUUUGACUCUAAAUGUUACUCGGCGAUUCAUUCCUCUGUCUAUUCUUCGUGAUGUGGUCAUCAACGAGGGUCUUUAUGGCUGGAAUGUACGCUAUUACCUUGCUGCGAUUGUUCAAGACGGGUCCGGAGCCACGUCUCUGGCAGUCGCUUUCGAGAAUAUUUUGCCACGAUUCCCCGUCCUCCUGGAGAUUUACAAAGGUGUUCAUGAUGUGUUAUCAAAUGCGUGCAUAAAUUAGACCGACGUAUUUAUACCUGGGUAUAACAAUGCUUUUUAAAAAGUA